AUGGAGCCUCAAAAGUCAGCCGGAGUGUCUUCUGAGAAGUUGGAACGAAGUCUUGAAAAAAAGCCUGAAAUGACCCCUCCGACUCCUACCGUAGAGGAAGAUUCUGAUGAUGACGAUGAACUGGAUGAUUUUCUCGACGAUUUCGAAACUCCUUCUAUCCCAGCGACCCAGAUGAGAGCGGUUAAAACUGAAGGCCAAGGUGCACCCCAGACUGAUAAUGGGCAACCAUCGUCCCUUGACGAUGAUUUUGCUCGCCAGUUACAGCUCGGAAUGCAAGACUUGCUGGGCGAAAUACAGGACUCAAAAGAGCUACAAGACCAAUUUGAACACCUUGUAAAAGAGCUUAACGACGCCGCUACGGGAGGAAAGGCUACAACUUCGUCAUCUUCCGCUCCAAAACCAUUAAAAGCUCCUGCAAACUUUCAAGAUCGCAUUAAACAGACAAUGGAGAGAAUGAAAUCGUCGGAAGCUGAGGUUGAUGCUGCAGUAGCCGAUUCUGAAGGAGACGAUUUCCUCGCGGAGAUGUUAAAGCAGAUGCAAAGUGCCGGCGGGGAUGGGGAAAGCGAUGAGGAUUUUUCAAAAAUGUUGUUGACUAUGAUGGAGCAGCUGACCAGCAAGGAGAUCCUCUACGAACCUAUGCGGGAGUUGGCCGACAAGUACCCAGAAUGGCUACGAAAGAAUGAAGGAAAGGAGCCGAGCGAAGAUAUCGAGCGAUACAGAGAUCAAUAUCUAGUUGUUAAGGAGAUUGUUGCCAAAUUUGAGGAACCGGCUUAUCGUGAUGAAAAUGAUAAAGAUAGAGACUACAUUAUCGACCGGAUGCAGAAGAUGCAAGCUGCGGGAGCGCCACCCACGGAGCUGAUGGGGGAAAUGGGCCAAGGGCACAACAAACAAAAUCAAGACAGUUUGUUUGUAAACUAUGAGUCCGGCGCAGGAAACAAACUUAUUUGGGAUAAUAUUGUGUUGUGCAGGUUUCGAAACCUCACAUCUCACAAAAGCCUAAAGGCUCAAUUCGGUGACUACACCAACCCGAUGGAUACAGAUAUAGACGAGAAUGAAGCAAAGGGAAUCGCAGGACCAUUUAUCCAUACGCCUCAAGUAAAGAGAGAGAAAAAGCAAGAAAAAUACAAAUACUCUAAAAUACCAAGUAAACACAAUGUACAAUUAAUAUCAGGAUGCCGAGCCCACUCCUAUAAUUAG